AUGUCUACUCCCGAGCCCACAAUCCAGGAAUUGCUCGCCAAGCCGCGUAGCGAGUUGACCGAGUAUGAAGUCGGUCGUGUCGGUCACUACGAGCUGACCCACGGUCCUUUUUCGCUUCUUUACAACGCCUGCAACAGCGGCCAGCAGGUCCUGAUCAACACUCGCGGCAAUCGAAAGCUCCUUGCCCGCGUCAAGGCCUUCGAUCGUCACUGUAACAUGGUUCUCGAGAACGUUAAGGAAAUGUGGACUGAGAAGCCCCGCGGUGGCGGCAAGGGCAAGCUCGUUAACAGGGAUCGUUUUAUCAGCAAGAUGUUCGUGCGUGGCGACGUUGUCAUCCUCGUGAUGCUGGCCUAA